GGCAGCGUAGAGCAGCGCCGAGAUUCCAGGUCGUACGAAACACUUUUUCAUUUCGUUGUUUAAGUGGUUACCAGUAGUCAACUGUUGAAGUAGAUGCCACAUAUUAGAAUUUUUCAUGUCUUCAGAGAAAAGAAAGAUGUUGACAGAGGAGGAUUUUCACGCCAGUCCAUGCCCUCAGUCCGUUGAUCAUGUCAGCACCACACAAAAUUGGGACCCUCUGACCUGGAUGGAUGACGAGGGAUUGGCAUAUUUGAAGUCAUUAGGAUAUCCCAGCAUACUAGGUGACAGUCCUGAUGUUGCCGAUGGAGCAGAUGAUGAUAUAUACAGGCCUGUGCCAGCUUUCAAGGAAGCUUCUGUUUCUACAGAAAUUGGCUGUCAUUCUGAUGAAUUAUUUUUUAGCACCACCGUUGAAGAAACUGAGAAUCACCAGUCUUCUAGUAAUGAGAUUCGCCAGUUGGAAGCAGAGAAACCCAACCUGGAGAGAACCUAUGUCAAGACAGCAGUUGGCCGUAGCAAGAGCUAUAAACGGCCAUUGGAGGAGAUGAGCUUACAUGACAUAGAGCAAGAAAACGAAAUAAUGCGUAGGAAAAUAUGUCGCUUAGCAGCUCAAUUAGUGGACACACAGUUAGAAAUCAGCAGAGUACGCUCUCAGCUCUCAUCAGAUCUUGAACCAGAAAGCAUUGCAGACCUAGAUAUUCUGAAAGCAGCCCAGCUGCAGGCAGAAAGAUAAGAGAACCAUCCCAGUGGCAACAGUUUCUGUGAUUAGGAAACCAGGUAAUGGCCCUCUCCAUGCCAAGCCUACAGGUUAUUGUUUUGUAAAAUGAGUAACUCUUUAAGAUAUGAACCAGAAGGUUUCAAAAUGGUUUUAUAGUUGUGCCACCUUUUCAGAUAUGUGUAAAUUAUACAGGGUAGAGGACUGAUGUCUAAGUAUUGACCACAUAAGAUCAUGGUAGACACAGCAGGGACUGCCUUUCCAGCUCAGUUGUUUCACUGGACAUGGAAGAGAGCCUCAUUUUUCAAUCUGAGACAUCUUCAGUUGUUCUGAUGUCACAAUUUAUUUUUGCUUUCUUUGCUUCAAAAUGCAUAAAGGGAUUGCAGAGUGGGUGUAUCAUGUGUAAACAGUGAUUUCUUCACAUAUUUUAUUUCAAAAAUUACUUGUGAAUUUUGACGAAAUUUGGUAUGAGUCUAUACGGACAUGUUUGGGGCAGGUUUGAUGUUAUUCAUAUUAGUCAACUAAUAUUUUGUCCUAUAAGCCACUUUUGGAAAAAAGUGAUACAGUUUGAUUUUGAGUUUCCUGUAAAGUAGAGGGUUAUAUGGACUGACACAAAGCAAAAUUAAAUUUACCUGAAACUUUUUAGUGUGGACACACCAAUUCUAUAUUUCUUAAAAAUCCAUUGAGUUGAUUUGAAGGUGAAAUAGACAUACCAUGAUCUUUCCAUUAUGUGUUAAUUUUCUGCGCUUGUUGGACAGGAUAUACGAGUACAAAAAGUCGUCUUCUCACAUGAAGAGAAUGGAAGAGAGAGUUUCUCUUUGCUAAGUUUUGUAAGAAAAUUUAGCUCCAAGAGGCUGUAGUAAUGUUUAAGUCAGUUGGUAAGAUUAUAUCAAUCUCUGGCCAUUUCUUUAGAUCUUUUUAUGCUGGGAGCACAAGCAAGAUUUUUGUUAGUUUCUUACUGAUGCGAAAAAUUAGAGGCUCAGAAUAAAGGAAGAGCCAUAUGUGUGCAUUUUAAAUACAUAGCAGUUACACUGUCUGAAGUCACAGUGCAAUCUGCACUCCUCCACGCCCCUACUGUCAGUAAACAGAUCUUUUGGUAUUGAAGGUUGAUUGUUAGGUAUUUAACGAUGCUGUUUCAACUGCAUGGGUCAUAUAGUAUCAAAUGUUGUAACUCUAAACAAAGCCGUGCCAUAGUUCAGGCUGUUAGUCACCGGCUUCCCACCAGGUCGGCCCAGGUCAGACCCCUGGGAAAGAGCCC